AUGGCGACUUGCAGCCUCCACCAAGGAUAUCCAUUAUUCAGAGCCUCAGUGUGCUGCGGCUACUUCCACGGCCUCAUCACUCAGCAUCCGCUGUGUCUUCUUCCCCAGAGGCAGGAGAAGGCUGUGGAGUCUGAGGUCAGGGGCGGCGACCGAGAGCGCCAGGCUGUGAUGGUGCAGGAGCCCCGGAGAGGAGCUACCCAACCUCCAAGGAGCGGCUGCUGUGCGGGCACAGGAGGGGCGGCUGUGAGAAGAUACCCCUUGUCCAAAGUAAGGAGCAACGGCUGCGCUUUGCUGGAGCAGCUGUGA